CAACAGAUAGACAGGACCUUCCGAACAGCCACCCACUCCUCCAAAUUCAACCGCAACACGAACAAUCAUGGCUCUUCCAAAGCGUAUUGUCAAGGUGAGAAACAAAAUAGUUUGGAGGUGGUGGGAAUGCAGGAGGCCGGACUGAGCCUGCACUCCGUGAUGGUUCGGGUGGCCGUCGUGGUGGUUUCCAAGAUGUGACUGUUCGAGGUCCUUUUCGGAGUGGGGGGAUACCCUGCUCGGCGAUACCUGGAUACCUGGCCUGCUUCAGGGGUUCCUAUAAUUGAACUAAGAAACAGACAACGACGGUAAAACAGAUCACGUCCGAAUGUCUACUAACAUCCCCAUCCCCCACCACAAACAGGAAACGGAACGGCUGAUGGCCGAGCCAGCACCGGGUAUCAGCGCUACACCUCACGACGAUAAUCUGCGCUACUUUGAUGUCGUUAUCUCCGGGCCACAGCAGUCCCCUUUCGAAGGAGGAGAUUUCAAGCUUGAACUGUUCUUGUCCGAGGAGUACCCCAUGGCACCACCAAAAGUGCGGUUCUUGACAAAGAUUUACCACCCGAAUAUCGACAAGCUGGGGCGUAUCUGCUUGGACAUCUUGAAGGACAAAUGGUCGCCCGCUCUCCAAAUCCGCACAGUUCUCCUGUCCAUACAAGCUCUCCUGUCGGCGCCCAACCCGGACGACCCACUGGCGAACGACGUCGCGCAGCAUUGGAAGGAGAAUGAGAAGGAUGCGAUUGCUACUGCCCGCGACUGGACAGCCAAAUACGCACAUUCAUAAACGCCAUGAACGGAUGUAUUUUGGUUCAUUACGGCUCUCGAUCUCUGCGCAUACAUGCGUGCAAUCCUACACUCCAAGUGAAAAACCGUCGGUCUCCAUGAUUCCUCCAGAGUUUCUCCGUCCCCUUUACCUCUCCCCCUGUUGCCCUAUGGGGAGAGCCCAGCCUCCAAGCUCUCCCCCAACCCGCUCCCCCCAAAUUCUUCUUUUGAACGCGUAGAUUACGGAUGUGGUAUCGAGCGAGAGUGCGCAAUGUGGUGUUCCCUUGUACAUAAAGCCUUUGUCCGUUCACAGUACGGCACACAAAUGACACUUUGCACCGCGAACGCCUCCCU